UGGGAGAAUCUGAGGGGAGAAGUCUGACUCGCCGUUUUCCACAGAAAAGCGGGAUGGACUCCGAACACAGUCUCCGCGAAGCAGCGAAGGACCUGAGGUGCAGCAUCGGGCUUGCCUAUCUCUUCUUGUACUACUUGCUACAGUUCUGUGGACACACAUGGAUCUUUGCAAACAUGUCUGCCAGAUUUCUCUCAUUUGGCUGCGACGCUUUAGCUGGCACAUUCUAUUUUGUGGGAGUGAUGAUGUGUGUGUGCCAGCUUCUGUCAGUACUAGAGCUUUUCCACAUAGCAGAUGGACUUGAAGACAGCAGACUCCUCCCUCGCUUGGUCCAGGUGAUGGAGAGAAAUUUCCUUUUAUACCUCAUCAUCAGCCAAGAGGAGUUUCAGAGUAAAACGAUAGUGUGUGUGCUGUUUUAUCUGUGGAACAUGUCAGAUCUGUUAAGGUACCCAUAUGAGCUCCUGUGCCUCAUCAGCACCCCAUCGUUCAGCAUGCUGUGGGCGCGCCACACCGUCUCCAUUCCAGUCUAUAUACUGUCUGUGAUCGCAGAAGGAAUCAGUGUUUUACAGGCACUUCCUUAUUACGAGGCUCAGGAGACGUAUUCCGACGAGCUUAAAGCACCUGUUUCUGUCUAUGUCCAUUUUCCAUACCUGCUAAUGGCUUACCUUCCUCUGUUGGCAGCAGGUUCUGGCGUUACAGUACUAAUCUUAAUGAAACAAAGGACACAGACAUUUGACAGCUGGAAUAAGAAGAUGAAGAUAAGUUAACUGAAGAAAUUCUCAGUGUUACAAAAUAAUGCCAUUAUGUUUAAAUGAAAAGGACAUAAGCUAAAAUGCACUUUGGUGCCCGUUUUUGGUUUUUUGGCCUGAAUCAUGGAAAUACAUUUUUUUUUUGUCACUUUUAUGACUUUAUUGAAGUUUCAAAACAUAAUGGUCACUGCCCAAACCACACAAGCCACAUAUGAAACGAUGUUGCAAAAAAUGGCCUGUUUUGGUUUCACUGUUUGUGUGUUGUCAUGAAAACUAAUAGAUUUACAUAUAUAUGCCUAUUCAGCCUAUAGCAGUUUAGCUCCGCUCAUUCACACUGAUGUCAUAAGGAGUGAUUACUUUUUGAAGGAGGCACAAUACAGGGCAACCAAUCAGAAGAGAUCAUUUAUGGAAGUCUUAAAGGAACAGCCUGCUUAAUUCUAAGGGAUAAAGAGAUGUAGGAAAAUGGUCAUGUAGAAAAGAAUCCUAAAUUAAAAUGCAAGUGAAAUGUAGGAUAUGGGCACUUUAAGACCGAAUGGGAUAGGUUACAUUGAUAUAUAACAGGCAGUGUAGCACAUAUGGAAUUGUACUGCCACGAACAAAACUAAGGACUGAAUUUUGCACCUUUUCAUGUAACAGAUUAAAUGUUUUAUUAAAUGUAUCUGGGAAGAAAUACUGCUGUUUAAAUGCAAAUGUACUGAAAUACUGCUUGACACACUGACCGCAAAAGUUAUAUUAAUCCACAAAGUAAACUUAAUCAGUCAUUCUGUGAAGGAUCCAGCAAGUACUUCCGAAGAAUCUGCUUAAGCCUGCAAUCCAUUAACUUUGUAACAAAAAUAAGGGCUCUGUUAAGCGCAGUUAAAGCUAGCAGUGACUGAGUGCAUUACUGAGGUCACCAGCCAUAUGCUCUGGUCCACACUGUCUUCUUCUUAAACUCUGGGAUGGAUUUCAAAGCCAGUAAAGCCGCUGAGAAGGAAAAGAAAGACAAGCUAGGUAUAAGCUGAUAAAGUGCGAGAUACAGGACACAUGAAACUAUGUAGCACGUCAUAAACUGUAGCUUUUGAGAUGUCAUGCAAUGUUUUACAGGAGGUUUUAAAACUGGUUGCAGUCAUCAUACCAUAGCAAAGUUGAAAAUAGCUUUUUGACACUCAGCUUCUCACCUCUGGCUGUAAAGAUAGCUGUGUGUGAAAAUGCAUCCUCAGGAGCUUCCGUUAUGCUGAAGAGCCAAUCAAUAAACUGUCAGAAAUAGGAGAAGACAAACGAAUCAUUCUUGCAUGGUUGUUAAGAAUCUUUUAAUAAUGUUUUGAACUCCAGUCUUGAAACUUAUUUCCUUUGACUUCCCCUUCUUUAUGCAAGUGGAUUAUCUUAUAUCUAAUCUCCUCAUAUGAAAGUAAAGGGUGGAUAAAUUAAUUACUUAUAGAUUUGAUAUACUUAGUGUUGGAGGAUUUUGUAUAUUGUUCUGUUACACAGGUUUACUGCUUUUUUCCCUAAAAAUGAAAAAUGAAUAACUUGUUUUGAGUGUCUUUACUGCCAAUCGAAUAAAACGUUUGCACAGUGCUGUAAAUUACCAAAAUUUA